GCAACGCGCCGCCGUUCCCGGAAGUGGCUUUCGCCUCCUGGGAAGAGGUGCGUUUUUGUCUGAGGCUUGCUAAUCGGGAACGGCCGCGCAGGAUAGCAGGAGACCGAGGGUCGGGGCCGGGUCGGACUGCCACCAUGGCGGGGAGUCAGGACAUGUUCGACGCCAUCGUGAUGGCCGAUGAUAGGUUUCAUGGAGAAGGGUAUCAGGAAGGCUAUGAAGAAGGCAGCAGCUUAGGCAUAAUUGAAGGAAGACAAUAUGGCACCUUACAUGGAGCCAAAAUUGGAUCUGAGAUUGGGUGUUAUCGAGGUUUUGCUUUUGCAUGGAAAUGUCUCCUGCACAAUUGUACCACUGAGAAGGACAGCAAAAAGAUGAAGGUCUUAGAAUCACUGAUCGGAAUGAUUCAGAAAUUCCCUUACGAUGACCCUACUUACGAUAAACUCCACGAAGACUUAGACAAAAUUAGAGGAAAAUUUAAGCAGCUUUGUUCAUUACUCAACGUUCAGCCGGACUUUAAAAUUAGUGCAGAAGGUUCUGGACUUUCAUUCUGAGGAUGACAGACGAACAAAGACGAAACAUCAAGGAACAGAUGUCCGUAUGUUAAGUGUUUAAAAAUGUGAUUAAAGGCAAAACAAUGAUGGGUUAUUCAUUGUUCUGUAAGGAGGGUUCCAGUUUGGCCAGUGAAAGGGCUUCCUUCCCCCGAGUUUUCUGCUUGUGUCGCCUGGGUGCCUCCCGCGGGGCCUCUGCACACAAGCCCGCCCUUUGUUGGCCCUGUCUGCUCCGCAGUCUGAAUGAGCCCCUGGCAGAGCCCGUCCGAGGCGCUCACUGCUACUUUGGGGUCUCUGGGCUUUGCUGGGCCUCUCCAGCAGGGCAGGCCUGGCUGGUUCUAGAUGAGAUGGCCACUGGAUAGGAAUACUUCCCAAGUCUGGACUUGGCGCUCAGAGGAACAGUUUUUAAAAACUUAUAAGAUGUGGACGGGGUUUUUGUAAAAUCGGUUAAUGGGAAGUCACGGGGAGGACAUUUGUUCUGUGUGUUCCCCUUUUUUUAUUCCCUUCAGUUCCUGGGAGGUAGGUACUAUGGUUGUUUUGCAGAUGGGGAAACAAAUCUGUAGAGAGUGGCUGGGCUGGUGCGGGGCGGGUAAGGAGCAUGGCCAAGAGCUCAGGACUCGUCUCUCCACCGCAACAUGCUGCCUUCCCCAGAGGAGUCCCAGCCCUCAGUUCUGGAUUGCACAGGCUCCUGCUGUGCCUCACGGACCUCUGUGGAAGCUCAGGGCCCGCGUGUCUGGACACCUGGCCGAGAGCAAGAAAAGCCAGCCUGAUCCAGAGGGAGCCCGAACAUGCUCUGCACACUGUCCCUGAGUGGGGAGGAGCUGUCAGACGUUGCAAAAUGGUGAAAGGAGAAGAUGUGUUGGGCCAAAGACUGGGUGGUGUUAGCUUGCUGUUACAUGUGUACAACUUUCACGGCCUUUGGUCUGGGACACUACAAGCCCCUUGUCUCCUGGUGGUGUUUAAAAGGCAUCACGUAUAUGCAUCAGGUACAUAUUAGGGCAGUGGACUGUACUGUUGGUCUUGCAUGAGUUCAGGGGACAAACGUGACAGCAUGUGUUAACCUACCUUCUCGGGGAUGUCCCCGGGGUCCCCUGUAGUUCCUGAGCACUUGCCCUCCCUAUCACUUCUGUUCCAGAGAGCACAUCUGAAAGCAGUGAGUGAGAUUCUUAAGGGGUCACCAUGGAUUCACCCCAGUUUUCAAGAUCCAUAGCCCCCUCGUAAAGUGCUGCACUGCCUCAGCUGAUGGUCGUGAGUCCCAGCUAGUGCACUGUGGGAGCCAUGGCAGCAGGCACCAUCCCUUCCAGCCAGUUGAAGUUGA